AUGCCAAGAGUAGGUCCAGAAACUUUCAAAAGACUACAAAACGACCCUUCAUGCAUCCGAAACAUCUGUAUUGUGGCUCACGUGGAUCAUGGUAAGACAUCCCUCUCGGACUCUCUCCUCGCAUCCAACGGGAUCAUAUCGCAACGUCUCGCUGGUAAGAUUAGGUUCUUGGACUCCAGACCGGAUGAACAAAUACGUGGGAUUACGAUGGAAUCUUCUGCCAUCUCCCUUUAUUUCAGAGUCUUGCAUAAGAACCCGCUGGGCGAGGAUAAGGAUCCUUUGGUUAAUGAACAUUUGAUUAACUUGAUCGAUUCUCCAGGACACAUCGACUUUUCUAGUGAAGUGAGUGCUGCUUCUAGAUUAUGUGACGGUGCCGUCGUAUUGGUCGAUGUUGUGGAGGGGGUUUGUUCUCAAACCAUUACUGUGUUGAGACAAUGUUGGACAGAGAAACUGAAACCUAUAUUGGUGUUAAAUAAGAUUGAUAGAUUGAUUGUGGAGUUGCAAUUGACCCCACAGGAGGCAUUCUUGCAUUUAAAUAGAGUCAUCGAACAAGUGAAUUCUGUUAUUGGAUCCUUCUUUGCGGGGGAGAGACAAUUGGAGGAUUCAUCUUGGAGAGAACGGUUGGAAAGUAAUGCUGAGGCGGAAUUUGUAGAAAAGGACGAUUCAGAUAUUUAUUUCAACCCAGCCGAUAAUAAUGUCAUAUUUGCAUCCGCUGUGGAUGGAUGGGGGUUCAAUAUUGGUCAAUUGGCAAAAUUUUAUGAAGCUAAAUUGGGGGCCAAGAGAGAAAACUUACAAAAAGUUCUUUGGGGUGAUUUUUUUAUGGAUCCAAAGACUAAGAAAAUUAUAAAUAAUAAGGGACUCAAGGGAAGAUCUUUGAAACCACUAUUUGUUUCAUUGAUCUUGGAUAACAUUUGGAAGAUCUAUGAGAAUGUUGUUGUAGAAAGAAAUACAGACAUGAUUGAGAAGAUUACAAAUGCUCUUCAGAUUAAAUUACAACCCCGUGACCUUAGAUCAAAGGAUGACAAGCAAUUACUAAAGACCAUAAUGGGUCAGUGGUUACCUGUGAGUACCGCUGUUUUAUUAACAGUCAUUGAAAAGCUACCAUCUCCCUUGAAUUCUCAAGAGACAAGAUUAGAAACAAUUCUGGGAGAAGAACAUGAUCCCACUUCAAUGGAUCCAAAACUAUUAGCUGCUAUGAAAGAAUGUGAUAGAAAUGGACCAGUUUGUGCAUAUGUUUCUAAGAUGAUUUCCAUACCAAGAGAGGAAUUACCGAUUACUCCUUCCGAUAACACCUCUUCUUCGGCAGAUAAUUUUAUGGAAAGAAAUAGAAGGGCCAGAGAGGAAGUAUUGAAUGCAGCCAAGAGAGCUGAGAUGGUAGAAAAGAUGGCUAAUAUGAAAUUAAAAGAUGAACAAGAAAAGAAGAUGAAACAACAACAAGAAGAUGAAGAAAACGAUUUAUAUAAGCGUGCCAAGGACACUGUUAUGACACCUGAGAUCGACACUAAGAAACAUUCCGGUGCUUCUCAUCCUUCGAAAGUAGAUAAAAGUAGUGAUACUUUUGAAAUCAUUACCGAGCCAGCACCAGCUUUAGAUCUUGGAUUUGAAUAUGAAAUGGAAGAUGAAGAAAAUGAUAAUGGACUAGUGCCUGAUUUUGUACCAACUGAUGUAGACCCUAAUGAUCCAUUAGCUUCAAUGUUUGAAUAUGAAGAGGAGGAUCCAUUCGCCACCACAACAACAAUUACUCCUAACGUCGAGGAAAGUGAAGAAGAUAUCUUUGAUGAAAGUGAGGAAGUGCUAAUUGGGUUUGCUAGAAUCUACAGUGGUUCUAUAAGUGUUGGUCAAGAAAUUUCUGUACUUGGACCAAAGUAUGAUCCAAAGAAUCCCACGGAACAUAUUCAUACUGCUACUGUCACCUGUCUAUAUCUAUUUAUGGGUAAAGAACUUGUUCCCUUAGAUACAUGCCCAUCAGGGAAUAUUGUCGGUAUCGGUGGUUUAGCAGGGAAGAUUUUAAAGAACGGUACUUUAGUUCAAAAGGAUGUUCAAGGUGUGAAUCUAGCUGGUGUUAAUUUCCAUUCUACUCCAAUUGUUCGUGUAGCAGUUGAGCCAGCAAACCCAGUCGAGAUGGGGAAACUAGUCCGUGGGUUAAAGCUGUUAGAUCAGGCUGAUCCUUGUGUGGAAACGUAUGUCUCCGAUACGGGUGAACAAAUCUUAUGCACUGCUGGUGAAUUGCAUCUCGAAAGAUGUUUGAAAGAUUUAACGGAAAGGUUUGCAGGUAUUGAAAUAACCCAUUCAGAGCCAGCGAUUCCAUACAGGGAAACGUUUUUAUCCACGCCAGAUAUGAAUCCAGUGAAGAAUAACGACCUGGGAAGAGGACGCACAGAAUUAGUAUUAGGACCUUAUAAAAUGACUUUGAAGACUAUUCCAUUGCAUGACGACAUAACAAAGUUCUUAGAAGCUCAUGAGGCAAAUAUCAAGAAUAUUAUUAGUGAAUCCUCCUCUGAGUCACAACUUGCCAAUGUUGACACCAUUAGAGAUUCCUUUAUAUCUCAUUUAAGACAACUUUUAGAAGAUGAUGAGAAGAGUAAGCUUGCUUUACAGGGUUGUAUCUCUAAAAUUGCUGCAUUUGGACCUAAGAGAACAGGUUGUAAUAUCCUGAUGUCAGAAAAUAGGCUAUUAAAUAGUUUAUUCGAAUCCAGAGUUGGCACCUUUGACUAUGCAGAUUCUAUUUUGAAUGGGUUCCAGCUUUCAGUUAAUGAAGGUCCAUUAGCAAACGAACCUGUACAAGGUAUGUGUGUUAUCGUCGAAGACAUUCAUGAAAUGGAUAAAGCUGAACUUGCAAAUCUAGAUGAUCCUUAUUAUCAGACAAAUAUUCCAAAUUUGUCUGGUAGGUUUAUUACUUCUACAAGAGACAGUAUCCAUGAAUCCUUCCUAGAUUGGUCACCUAGAAUAAUGUGGGCUAUGUACACUUGUGAUGUUCAAACGUCGGUUGAAGUAUUAGGGAAAGUCUACGCAGUUAUUCAACAAAGACAAGGGAAAAUUAUUUCAGAGGAGAUGAAAGAAGGUACUCCAUUUUUCCAGGUUGUUGCACAAAUUCCUGUUGUCGAAGCAUUUGGAUUGAGUGAAGAUAUUAGAAAGAAAACAUCUGGGUCAGCUCAACCACAAUUGGUAUUUUCCGGGUUCGAAUGUAUUGAUAUGGACCCAUUCUGGGUUCCAACAACUGAAGAGGAGUUGGAAGAGUUGGGUGAUACAGCAGACAAGGAAAAUAUAGCUCGUAGACAUAUGAAUUCCAUCAGAAAACGCAAGGGUUUGUUUGUAGAGGAAAAAGUCAUCGAAAAUGCCGAAAAACAACGUACUUUGAAGAGAAAUUAG